AUGUCCAUGUCCAACUCUGCCUGGCGUGCUUUGCACUACAGUGCAAAGCGUCGCGCUUUCCAAACCACUCCCUACCGCUGUUUCUCCUGUGCCACCCGCGUCCAGAACAAGCCCGACAACAAUCGCAUGACACAUUUCGGCUUCACCAAUGUCCCCGAGUCAGAGAAGGAGACACGAGUCGGCGCCGUCUUCAGCUCCGUCGCAGCCUCCUACGACCGCAUGAACGACCUCAUGUCUCUGGGCAUCCACCGCCUCUGGAAAGACCACUUCGUCCGCUCCCUAAACCCAGGCUCAUGCCUGCCAGCCCUCACAGCCGACAAGCCAGGCUGGAACAUCCUGGACAUAGCCGGCGGGACAGGCGACAUUGCCUUCCGGAUGCUCGACCAUGCCACGCACAUCAACCACGACAUGGAAACCCGCGUGACAAUCAGCGAUAUCAACGCAGACAUGCUAGCAGAAGGUCGGAAGCGCUCCCUUGACACACCCUACUACAACAGCAAGCGUCUGGACUUUGUCGAAGCCAACGCAGAACACAUGCCGCAUAUCCCGGAUGCGUCUGUGGAUCUCUACACUGUUGUUUUUGGAAUUCGGAAUUUCACCGAUAAGCAGGCUGCGUUGAAUGAGGCGUUCCGGGUUCUUAAGCCUGGUGGUGUCUUUGCUUGUAUGGAGUUUAGUAAGGUUGAGAAUCCGGUGCUGGAUACGAUUUACAAGAACUGGAAUUUCAGUGCUAUUCCGCUGAUUGGGCAGGUUGUUGCGGGUGAUCGUGAUAGCUACCAGUAUCUGGUUGAGAGUAUUGAGAGGUUCCCCAGCCAGGAGGAGUUCAGAGGGAUGAUUCAGAAGGCUGGAUUCAUGAUUCCUGGUCAGGGCUUUGAGAACCUUACUGGUGGAAUUGCUGCUAUUCACAAGGGUAUCAAGCCUAUUAACAAGGCUUGA